CCUGUUCCAUGUGUCUCCACGUUACGGAGCCUUUAUAAGCGCGUGCCGCAGCGCUCAGCAUCGGUCAGAGUGCGCGCGCACACCGGAUCAGAAACUUCUCAUCUCUUCUACUUUCCGCGUUAAUUCUACUGGCCGGAACUCACCUGCGGCUUUAAAUCCAGACAUAAAAGGGAAACGAUCCUUCUCGCCUGGUUUUUCUUGUUCCUCUUGGUUUAAACGGCUCGAAGAGCAAAGCGCAGCAUGAUGAGCAACAGAGAUCGUUGGAGGGUGUACAAGCAGGUGAGUGUCGUGUUCCUUCUGGCGGUGGUGGCGCUGACCGUGGUCCAGAAGGGGAGCAUCAACGUCAGGACUCCCUUCGCGCUAGAGAGGCAGACUCGCAUUGCUACUUUCCAGGGAUCCGGAGCUGCUGAGGAAGAUAAAUCCAUCUCCCGCCCACCGAUGAAAAGCUUCUGGAAGACUGGCUGGCACAAGCAGCAGCCCAAGGCUCAGUUCACCACGCAGGAGAACAGGAUCACUGAGGAAAGCGGCCUCAGUACCUGGGACGUGACCAGCUCCAACUGCAGCGCCAACCUCAACCUCUCCAGCCAGCAGUGGUUCAAUGACCUGGAGGACAACUUCAAACAGUUCAUGCUUUAUCGGCACUGUCGGUUUUUCCCCAUGCUCCUCAACCACCCGGAGAAGUGCUCGGGGGAGAUUCAUCUGCUCAUGGUGAUUAAAUCGGUGGCCACCCAGCACGACCGUAGAGACGUGAUUCGCAAAACCUGGGGCAAGGAACAGGAGGUGCACGGCAAACGCGUAAAGACCCUCUUUCUGCUUGGCACGCCCUCCAGCGAAGCAGAAAGGGCCAACCACCAGAAGCUCGUGGAGUAUGAAGACUACAUAUACGGGGAUAUUCUUCAGUGGGACUUCCUGGACAGCUUCUUCAACCUGACUCUGAAGGAGACUCAUUUUCUCAAGUGGUUCCACACCUACUGCAGCGGAGUCCGCUACGUCUUCAAGGGGGACGACGACGUCUUUGUCAGCGUGGAGAACAUUCUUGAGUUUCUGGAAAGCAGCAGCCAUGUUAAGAACCUGCUGGUCGGGGAUGUGAUUUUCCAGGCUAAGCCCAUCCGUAGAAAGGACAAUAAAUAUUACAUCCCGAAUGCUUUGUAUAAUAAAACCCUCUACCCUCCGUAUGCCGGCGGAGGAGGUUUCCUGAUGGAUGGGACUCUGGCCAGGAGGCUCCACUGGGCUGCUGACACCCUUGAACUAUACCCCAUUGAUGAUGUCUUCUUAGGCAUGUGUCUGGAGGUCCUGCAGGUCACGCCGAUAAAACACAACGCUUUUAAGACUUUUGGCUUGGUGAAGAACAAAAACAGCAAAAUGAACCGAGAACCUUGUUUCUAUAAAAGCAUGAUCGUGGUGCACAAGCUGCUCCCAUCGGACCUCUUGCGCAUGUGGCAUCUGGUCAACAGCGAUCUGGUCUGCUCGCACAAAGUAGAACUCCUAUAGCUCAAGGAUGGUGGAGGGAAGGAGGGCGCGGUAGGAUGCAGGAGAGCCAAAAGCCAAGUUAAGCUCUCCUUUAUGUGGAGGGAGGCUGAUCUUGCGUCUGCUGCGCCUGAGAAGCAAUGCACAUUUUAGAGGAACUUCUUCUAAAGUAAAUUAUUUUAGUUUGGCUUUGUUUCAAAGGGUUUUAUUUUAAGAUGUGUAUUUAUAUCUUUUGAAUAAAUUACAGUGGCAGCACUCAAAUUCAGAGACAGCAACUUACUGCUUCUACCAACGAGGCAUGCCAAAGAACAACCGUCACUUUUUCUACUGUUUAUCGUCUCCUAGUAAAUGAGUCGAGCUCUUUUGAAAAAAUCAGUUAGAAAAUCGAUGUAAAGGUUCAAGCGAUGAAUAACAAUGCUGUUUCAUUUGCUGUGACAUAAUGGGAGACAGUGGAGAAAGUAAAUGGUUUCUCGUGCAUGCAAGUGACUUCCUUGUGCAUGUCAUAUUGUAUCUCCUGUGCAUCAAAAAAUAUCUGAUGAGCAUCAGAUAGCAUCACACUGAAUUAAGAACACAUUGGUUGCACGCAACAGAUAGUUUCCCAGGCUCAAGAAACCACUUUUUAAUUUCCUUUUUCCAUUUCCUCUGUGAUAUCAUGCAUUUGGACAAAUCAGAACUUUUUGUAACAGUGCAUCAUCUAUAGGAUGUUACGGAUUUAAGUUUUAAGAAUAUCUCUUAAGUUCUCUUUUAUGAUCAGUUAUCCAUUCAGAGAAGGUAACAACUGCCGCUACCUCAUUCAAGCAAAAAUAUUUGAUUGUGAUCACUUUUAGUGCUUCCUAUUUGGACCGCCUCUUCAGCGGCAGAUGUUGAUGCUCUCAUCGCUUUGACGCAUAUCUGACUUGAUCUAGGAACCCUACUGCAUGUCUUCUACUGGGAACCUUUUGAAAGGCAUCUUUAUACUUGUUACAUACAUGCUGUCUGUGGAUUUAGACAGGCUGUUAUACUUGACUUAAAUGUGGAUGAGGGUUUACAAUGACACUGUGAAUUAAAUGUAUUGCUGGUACGAAUGUGUGUGAGUUUGACGGGUUCUUAAACCUAAAGUAACAGAUUGACAGAACAGUGUAAUAGAGCCCUGGAUGUCAGGGCAUGUGAUGGGUUGUGAUUAUUUAAAUGAUGUAAAUAAUAGAUGUAAAAAGAAAAAAUCAGAAUGCACAUUUGUAAAUAAAUAUGUUCACCAUUCGCA